AUGCUUCCAAAUCUUGCCGCCGUCUUUGCCCUCCUUGCCGCCCGUCUCUGUCUGGCUGCUCCUCAGUCCGCCGAAGUCAGGGCAGUGCCUGGCCGCGGCCAGACACUCUACUGUGGCGUGUUCACGACAGCCGACAAGACGUCGGUCGAGACCAUCGUUGGACUCCCCUCCAUGUGGAACGAGACGGUCUGGGUCGAGCCGCACGGGUGCUACCGCGCUGCGUGCUCUGGUUCAUCCGGCCUGUACAUCUGCAACGACGACGAAAUCGGAUACAACAUCCGGGUGGCCUCGAUCCUCCAAGACGCCCAGAAAAUCCUUGACAUGUGCUGCGCAGGGUCGCGCGACGUCGGCCCGCAGUAUCCCAUCGCCGGCCAGCAGUUCACGGGCGUGACCAACACGAUCGUGGCGCUCGCCGACUGCCUCGGCGAUCCGACUGCCAAGCCGUCCCACUACGCGGACGGCCAGGGAAAUGGCGAGUGCAAGCAACAUUUAGGCUGA